AUGACAGAUCCGAGUCCUGUAUUGCAGUUUCAGGAGAUCUGGGCAUCGGCGAUCACAAUAUAUAAUCAAGACACCAAGCGCGACGAUCUACAAGAACGCGGGCUGGCGGCAGAUUCCCCCGAUGCUUCCUUUGUCAUCCUCGACAAGGAGAUGAACCGAUUCAAGGAAUAUCGGAAGAGGAGAGAAAGAGUCCGACAUGCUAUUCGGUCGGUUCUGGAACUGGUGAAUUUAUCAUCAGGUGCGAUCGAAGAUAGUCUUGCGACAGCAUUUCCACCAGCAAAAGUGAUUUCUGUCGCUGCUGCAAAAGACGUCAGUACACACUAUGACAUGAUCAUCGACAUGUUCGAGAAGCUCAAAGGCUUUAUGGGACGUUUGGACGUUUAUGUCCAACACGAGAUCACCGACAAUCUGAAGAGAGUCAUUGUCGGCAUCCUUGCCCAGGUGCUCGUGGUGCUCGGAGUAGCCACCAAGUGGAUGAAGCAAAAUCGUCUUGUUCAGUGUUGGAAGGUACUCUGCGGGAAGAAUACAGAAGUGUCCGAUGCGAUGGGGACACUGCGGAUCUUGACCAGCCAAGAGAUUCCUAUGGUCACUGCCUUGAUAUUGGCGACGACAACUACGACUUCCCAGAAUAUGCAGGCGUCAGAAGACGGCGCGCUCCGAGAAAAGAUCCGCUUGUGGCUCAAGCCUCCUGAUCCGACCAUAAAUUAUAAUACAGCCAUAGAAGCGCGACAGGUUGGAACCGGCGCCUGGUUCAUACAAAGCCAAGAUUUUGUGGACUGGACGACGACACCAGGGUCAUUCAUGUGGAUCUGUGGAAUACCUGGCAAUGGCAAAACAAUUAUCUGCGCUACAAUCAUCGAGGCUCUCAAACGACAAGCUGAUUCCUCUGUCGCUUUGGCCUACUUCAACUUCAACUUCAAUGACUCUAAGAAGCUCGUCUAUCGAAAUAUGCUGCAUUCUCUUGUCUUCCAACUCCUUGGACGAUGUCCCGGCCCAUUGAGAGACCUCUACAAACAGACAGACAACGGCUCACAGCAGCCGACAUUAGACGAGCUGCUGGAGGUUCUGAAGAAGAGUAUUGACUUCUUCAGCCAUGCAUUCAUCGUUCUUGAUGGACUGGACGAGUGCAUUGGACCAGAGCGAACAAAUGUGCUCAAAUUCCUGGCCGAAAUACAGAGCUGGAAUCUGCAACCUCUUCAUAUUCUGGCAGCCAGUCGACUGGAGCAGGAAAUCAAAGAGAAAAUGGAGUCUUUGCCCGGUGCUUGUCAUGUAGAUCUCCACGGUGCAACGUCGCGUAUCGACCAAGACAUGCAUCGGUUCCUCAUAGCUCAACUGGAGAAUGAUCCUCAUCUGAACAAGUGGGAAGCAAAGGAGAAGGUGUCAAUCAGAAAUGCGCUUGUCGCACGUGCAGACGGCAUGUUCCAGUGGGUGCGCUGUCAACUGGACAGUCUGCGACACUGUGUCACGAACAACGAUCUCAACACUGCUCUGAAUACUCUGCCUAGAUCGCUGGACGAAACUUAUGAACGCAUACUGCGGAACAUUCCAGACGAUCACCAAGAGAAGAUCCAUCGAAUCUUGCAAUUCCUCUGUUUCUCGGAACGUCCGAUGAUGCUCGACGAACUCGCCGAGGUUGUCACAGUAAUCAUAAAUUCUGAUGGGACGGCUCAUUACGACUCUAGGAACCGCAUGCGCGAUCCGUCGGAUGUGCUCACAAUAUGUGGCAGCUUGGUCUUUUUGUCAUUUCUUGGACCUGAUGUCCAUGAUCUGCGAUCCGACAAGUGGCUCCCUGAAAUCCCUCCCGAUACGCUCGCAGGGAAACUUGUUAGAUUAUCGCACUUAUCUGUUAAGGAAUACUUGCGCUCUAGAUGGAGUCAAACACCUAAAAUGUUCGACUACAACGUCAAUGCAGCACACCUAGCCAAUAGGGCAAUCGCCAUGACCUGUAUCACUUACUUGAUGCGAUUCGACACAGACGGGCUGGAUGAAAAGAGGAUGAAAGAAGAUGAGGAUGUGGCCUUAGCCUCGUAUGCGGCACAUUAUUGGGUCUCACAUUACAAGCAGCAGGGACCGGAUGCUGACUUGCCUCUGCAGGGUUUAGCUCAGGAGUUCUUUCAUCUCUCUCGACGAAGAUAUUUUCUGAACUGGAUCAGAAUGUAUGAUUUGGAUCAAACCUGGAAAUCCCCCAAAUGGCACCGUGAAGCCAACGUCAUCCCUGAACCUCUUUACUACUCAGUUAUGGGAGGGCUUCUUGAUAUCUCAGAAUGGCUAUUGACGCAAGGCGCCGAGGUAGACGCACAAGGAGGUCGGUACGGCAACGCGCUGCAGGCAGCAUCUGCACUUGGUCACGAACCGAUCGUACGACUGCUGCUGGAUCGAGGUGCUGAAGUCAAUGCACAAGGGGGAGCCUACGAGAACCCAGUGCAGGCGGCAUCUUAUUUUGGACACAAAUCCAUUCUAAAGCUGCUGUUGGAUCGAGGUGCAGACAUCAAUGCGCAAGGAGGAUACUACUCGACUGCACUGCAGGCGGCGUGUGCAGGUGGACACGAAUCCAUCGUGACACUGCUGUUGGACCAAGGCGCACAUGUCAAUGCACGAGGACUCUACGAGAGCGCACUGCGGGCGGCAUCUUAUCAUGGUCGUAAAACCAUUGUAACGUUGCUGCUGGAUCGAGGUGCUGAGGUUGAUGCAUAA